GAUUUGCCCCCAGCGAAAGAUGGAAGCUAAUCAUCACCGACAAAAAGCUGAGUUGGUCAGCAUGAUCCAGGCUAUCAGGGAUUUGGCCAACGCUUUCGUUCCUAGUGGGAAACUAAUAGAUUUGGUCGACAAGGACUUGCCUUUGAUAGUGAGUACCCUUCCCUACCCAUUCAACGAGGAAAUAAAAGGAAUUGCGACUGCCUCGGGUGUUCCCCUUGGCGAGGUUGUCCUCUUCAACAUCUUCUAUGAGGUCUUCACGGUGUGCACUUCUCUAGUGGCAGAGGACUCAAAUGAUAACCUUAUCCAUGGGCGGAAUAUGGACUUUGGACUAUUCAUGGGGUGGGACAUGAAGAACAGGUCCUGGCUGAUAACAGAGAAACUCAAGCCUCUGGUGGUCAACAUCGACUUCCAGAGAGGCAACAAGACGGUCUUCAAGUCCACUAACUUCGCCGGCUAUGUGGGCAUGCUGACUGGCAUCAAGCCGCAUGUUUUCACUCUGACCAUGAAUGAGCGCUUCAGCCUUGAUGGAGGAUACAUCGGGAUCGUGGAGUGGAUCCUGGGGAAUAGAGAUGGGAUGUGGAUGAGUUUCCUCACUCGCUCAGUCUUAGAGAAUGCUACCAGCUACGAGGAGGCUAAGCACCUUCUGGCCCAGACCAAGCUGCUGGCCCCGGCCUACUUCAUCCUGGGAGGGAACCAGACGGGCCAGGGCUGUGUCAUCACCCGCUCCAGAGUCCUCAGCAUCGACAUCUGGGAGAUUGAUCUGAAGCUGGGCCGCUGGUACGUUCUGGAGACCAACUACGAUCACUGGAAUGAGCCUCUGUUCUUGGACAACCGCAGGACUCCAGCCAUGAAGUGUAUGAACCAGACCAUGCAGGCAAACAUCUCACUGAAGACCGUUAUGGACGUGCUGUCGACAAAACCAGUCUUGAACAAGUUGACCACAUACACCACGUUGAUGGACGUGAACAAGGGAAAACUGGAAUCCUACAUCCGUGACUGCCCCAACCCCUGUAUGCCCUGGUGAAGCCUCCAACACAGACCUCAGAUCAGUUUCUAAAUGAUCUAUUGCACAGAACGGUGGUGGCUUCAACUGAUUCAGAAACACAACUGGAGAAUCAUGUUGUACAUAUUUCAAGUCUUUGCACUGUAACUAACUGCUCUGAUCCAAAUAUUGCCUCAACCUCAAUUGCUUAACCUGUAACACUCGUAUCCGUAUACAGGGUAAAAAUGGCAGAUUUGGGCACUAAUAAGCCCCUAAAUUGGAACAUAGUGGCUGUACAGUAACAUGCUAUACAUGACGUCAGAGCUCUGGUUCUCCGCUUCACAGCUCUGUAUGAGUUUUGACUGACAGCCAUUCUGAACUUGAGCACCACACUAAAAGAAGUUGCCUAAUUACCGGAAGGGCUGGGGGCAACCUUUGUAAAAAAAAUUAAAGAAGAAAAAAAAGGGAAAUGUUGGAAAUUUAAAAUGACUAUGCAUUUUGAAAGAUGAGACGUUGAGGAUUAUAAUAAAUACCGCUUUGAUGUCAUAUAAGCAAGCCAAACA